AUGAUACGUAAAACGCAGAAAACAAAAUCCAAGCUAAGGGAUAUUCAACAAAAAGGUCCUUGGAAGUUGGUAAAUGGAUGGGUUCAGGCGAUUUCUUAUGACGAGAGGAAGUGUUGUUCGAGUGCCAUCUUGAAACUGAAUGUGAUAGGAUCGUCUUUCACGCGAAGGAUUAUCAAGAACAUUAGUGAUAGGAAUAACAGUAACAAUGACUACACAAAUGAUAUUAAGGAAAUCAGUGCCAUAAAGAGGGUGGGAAAUAUAACAUUGUACCUACUACCUAUAACAUCAAGAAUAAGAACUAAGAAAAGUGAGCAAAUGAAAGCGGAGCCAACCGGGGCCUCUGCGUCCGGGCGGUCCUCCAGCGUCCCACAGCGCCCUCCCAUCCCUCCCAGCCAGCGUCCCAACCUCCCAGGCCAGCUCCCUCCAGCGCCCUCCCAGCGGCCCUCCAGCGUUCCCAGCGUCCCUCCCAGCGCCCUCCCCGUCCCUCCCAGCGGCCCUCCCAGCGUCCCCAGCGCCCCUCCCAGCGUCCCUCCCAGCGGCCCUCCCAGCGUCCCUCCCAGCGUCCCUCCAAGCGGGCCUUCCCAGCGUCCCUCCCAGCGUCCUCCCAGCGUCCCUCCCAGCGCGCCAGCUCCUCCAGCGUCCCUCCCAGCGGCCCUCCCAGCGGCCCUCCCAGCGUCCCUCCCGUCCCUCCCAGCCCUCCCAGCGCCCUCCCAGCGGCCUCCCCAGCCCCUCCCAGCGCGCGCCCUCCCAGCGUCCCUCCAGCGUCCCUCCCAGCGGCCCUCAGCGGCCCUCCCUCCAGCGUCCCUCCAGCGUCCCUCCCAGCGGCCCUCCCAGCGUCCCUCCCAGCGGCCCUCCCCCAGAGCGUCCCUCCCAGCCGUCCCUUCCCAGCGUCCCACCCUCCCAGCCCCUCCCAAGGCCCUCCCAGCGUCCCUCCCGUCCAGCGUCCCUCCCAGCGGCCUCCGGCCCUCCAGCGGCCCUCCCAGCGGCCCCUCCCAGCCGUCCUCCCGUCCCUCCCAGCGGCCUCCAGCGUCCCUCCCAGCAGCGCCCUCCCAGGUCCCGUCCCUCCAGCGUCCCUCCCAGUCCCUCCCAGCGGGCCUCCCAGCCGUCCCCCAGCGUCCCUCCCAGCGUCCCUCCAGCGCCCUCCAGCGGCCCUCCCCAGCGCCCAGCGUCCCUCCCAGCGUCCCUCCCAGCGAGCCCUCCAGCCGCUCCCUCCCAGCGUCCCUCCCAGCGUCCCUCCCAGCGGCCCUCCCAGCGGCCCUCCCAGCGGCCCUCCAGGACCGUCCUCCAGCGUCCCUCCCAGCGCACCUUCCCCAGCGGCCCUCCCCAGCGCUCCCUCCCAGCAGUCCCUCCAGCCGUCCCUCCCAGUCCCUCAGUCCUCCCUUCCAGCGUCCCUCCCAGCCGUCCCUCCCAGCGGCCUCCAGCGUCCCUCCCAGCGUCCCUCCCAGCGGCCCUCCCAGCGUCCCUCCCAGCGUCCCCUCCCAGCGUCCCUACCGCAGCGUCCCUCCCAGCCGUUCCCUCCCAGCGUCCCUCCAGCGUCCCUCCAGCGGCCUCCAGCGUCCCUCCCAGCGUCCCUCCCAGCGGCCCUCCCAGCGCCUCCCAGCGUCCCUCCCAGGCCGUCCCUUCCCAGCGUCCCCCCCAGCGACUCCCAGUGCCUCCCAGCGCGCGCCCUCCAGCAGCGUCCCUCCCAGCGGCCCUCCCCAGCGUCCCUCCCAGCUCCCCCCAGCGUCCCUCCCAGCGUUCCUCCCAGCGGCCCUCCCAGCGCCUCCCAGCGUCCCUCCCCAGCGUCCCUCCCAGCGGUCCCUCCCAGCCCUUCCUCCCAGCGCGUCCUCCCAGCAGCGUCCCUCCCAGCGUCCCUCCCAGCGUCCGCUCCCAGCGGCCCUCCCAGCGCGCCCUCCCAGCCGCCUGUCCCUCCCGCGCGUCCCUCCCAAGCGCCCUCCCAGCGGCCCUCCCAGCGGCCCGCCCUCCAGCGGCCCUCCCAGCAGCGUCCCUCCAGCGCCUCCAGCCCGCGCUCCCUCCCAGCGCUCCCUCCCAGCGUCCUCCCACCGGCCUCCCGCGGCCCACCAGCCUCCGCGGCCCUCCCAGCCGGCCCUCCCAGCGCCCCUCCCAGCGGCCCUCCCAGCGGCCCCUCCCAGCGCGGCCCCUCCCAGCGGCCCUCCAGUAGCGUCCCUCCCAGUCGCCUCCAGCGGCCCUUCCCAAGCGGCCUCCCAGCGUCCCCUCCCAGCGUCCCUCCCAGCGUCUCCUCCAGGUCCCUCCCAGCGUCCCUCCCAGCGGCCCUCCAGCGGCCCUCCCAGCGGCCCUCCAGCGCCCUCCCAGCGUCUCCCUCCCAGUCACGGUCCCUCCCAGCCGUCCCUCCCAGCGCGCCCUCCCAAGCGCCCCCAGCGGCCCUCCCAGCGUCCCUCCCAGCGUCCCUCCCAGCCCCUCCCAGCGGCCCUCCCAGCGCAGCGCCCUCCCAGCGUCUCCUCCCAGCGUCCCUCCAGCGGCCCACCCAGCGUCCCUCCCAGCGGCCUCCUCCCAGCGUCCUCCCUGCCUCCCAGCGCGCCCCAGCCGUCCCUCCCAGAGCGUCGCCAUCCCACGUCCCGCGCCCCUCCCCAGGCGUCCCUCCCAGCGGCUCCCCCGUCCCUCCCCAGCCUCCCAGCGGCCCCUCCCCCAGCGGCCCUCCCAGCGGCCCCUCCCGUUCCAGACGUCCCUCCCAGCACGUCCCCAUCCCAGCGUCCCUCCCAGCGUCCCUCCAGGCGGCCCUCCCAGCGGCCCUCCCUCCCAGCGUCCCUCCCAGCCGUCCCUCCAGCCGUCCCUCCCAGCGUCCUGCGUCUCGUCCCUUCCCAGCGUCCCUCCAGCGGCCCUCCCAGCGGCCUCCCAGCUGGCGCUCCUCCCAGCGGCCCUCCCAGUCGUCCCUCCAGCUGCGUACCCUCCCAGCCGCCUCCAGCGGCCCUCCAGCGGCCCUCCCAGAACGUGCGUCCCUCCCACGGCCCUCCAGCAUACGCAUCCCCUCCGCAGCUGCGCCCUCCCAGCCCAAUCGUCCUCAGAGUCCCUCCCAGCCGCCCUCCCAGUCGUCCUCCCAGCGCCCUCCAGCGCGCCCUCCCAGCGAUCCCUCCCAGCGCGCCCUUCCCACGGCGUCCCUCCAGCGUCCCCUCCAGCGUCCCUCCCCAGUCGGGUCCCUCCCAGCGUCUCCUCCAGCCGGCCUCCUACCAGUCGACCCUGUGA